GACUUUAAUAAAUGUUAUGUUUAUUAUAGACAUGAAUAAUGAAUAAUAUUUUGUAUUGAAUUGUAUAUAAAUGUGAUAAAUAUAAUAUAGCAUUGAAUCAAUUUUCGUUGAAGCCAAACGCAAAGAGUAAGCAAGGAACAAUGGACCCUGAGGCAUUCUUGGAGAUGGCCAACCAGGUGACCAAACUCCGGAUGUACCCCUACUUCGAAGUGGCCCACGCAGUCAUCUCUUGCCUCUACAUCCGCGAAGACCUCGCAUCCGGAUGUGUGGCCUUCUCGAGGAAGCAUCCCUUCUCGUGUUGGGUGUCGUGUAUGGUCUCCAUCUUCGCCGGCAAUAUUCUCUCAUCGUUUCUGUUGUCGGAACCCAUAUUAGGCGCCUUCAAGAACACCAAUCAAUUGCUUUUGGCGACAGCCGUCUGGUAUCUCAUAUUCUACUCGCCGUUUGACAUCAUCUACAAGAUAUGCAAACUAUUGCCCAUUAAGAUAGUGUUCGCUUCCAUGAAGGAAGUGAUUCGCUGUAAGAAAGUCAGUGAUGGUGUCCUACACGCGGCUAAACUAUACCCAAACGGAUACCUCAUUAUGAUUAUCAUAGGAACCAUCAAAGGCAAUGGGGCCGCUUUUCUCAAGUUAAUUGAACGAACACUUCGAGGAGUUUGGACUCCCAAUGCCAUUGAAUUCCUAUCACCAACUUUUGCCACCAAAGCGAGUAUCGCCGCCUCUAUUGUAUUCAUAAUUGACAAGAAGACAGACUGGAUAUCAGCGCCGCCGGCACUCGUGUACUUCGGAAUCGUUAUAUUCUUCGUGUACUUCAAGUUGUCGUCAAUGCUAUUAGGAAUUCACGACCCGUUCAUCCCUUUCGAGAACCUAUUUUGUGCCCUAUUUUUCGGUGGCAUUUGGGAUGCGUUGGCCAGAGUUAUAUCUGGAGGUAAGACACAGUCCUCACUGCGUGACCACAACUCAUCCAAAGGAAACAGCGACCCGAAUGCGAAGAGUGAAAUGUCUCGCAAUGGAAAGUCGGAAACAACCAAAAAGAAAGACCAAUAAUUGAACCCAUAAUCCCAUCUCAUAAAGAGUCACAUCACUAGUCACUCGUUUUAACAGCCCUUCACUUAUUUCUCAUCACUUCUCAUAUAUGAUUAAUUUGAUUAUAAAUUAAUUAGAUUAGAAACAUAAAAACAAUACUUAACUAAAAAUAAUGACAAUUAAGUCUUACAAAAGUCGACGU